UAGCUAUUGCAUCCGCUGCAGCUGUUCUAUUAUAAUCUGCUUCAACGCUGUGGGUACGCUUCUUCUCGCCUUCGAGAUUGCCUCUUUUUUCUCUUCUCGACCUGGUCUGUCCGUCCCCCUGGCUUUGCGCACCGGAUAUCAACUCUCUGCUGGCCCACUGCUUAUCACGCCUUCCUGCCCCCCGGGCUUAUUGGUGUAGUCAUUUGCGGCCCCUGCUUCGCUGUCACUGUCAUCACCUUGUCUUCAAAAAAGGAAAACCUGCAGCGCAAUUUAAUUUAAUUUCUUUUUAAAAAUUAUUUUCGCACUUCCUUUCUGCUUCCUCCCUCCAGCGCGUCCAAGAGGCUUUUUCUUUUUUUUUUUUUUAAAAAAAAAAAGAAGGAUAAGAAAAGAAAUAAUCUCCCGGCAUCCGUGCUACCUACUUGUAUUGCGGAAUACAACUAAACUAGCCCUCCUCCGUCCUCCCUGUUUUCCUGCUGCUUUCUCCUUCUUUCCUUGGACCACGACAACCACCCACUCCUUUCUUCGUGCAUGUUCACUCUAGCCUUGUUUUAAUCUACCUUUCUCAUUCUUUCGUUCAAUAAUACCUUCUCUCUCUCUCUUUUUUUUUUUCUCCAAGCCAACUAGUCACUUCCACACUCUUUCACCUCUCUUCUGAGCUUCUCUUUCCUCUUCGCCCUUCCUCGUGGCAACCGCAGCUUUUGGCCAGACUAGCCUGCUAAGGCAGCGACCCUUCGACUUUCAAAGCUUUUUGGCUGCACAGUCCCGCAAACUCACAAUGAGUGACGAAAAGGUCAGAUCCUCCGGCGAGGUCUCUCGUCCGGAGCCAGUCUUGCCCACCGUCAAUCCCGCCGCUGAGAGGCCGGCUCCCAAGUCUUCUAUCCAUCCAGCUGUCUACGUCAGUGUCUGGAUUACUCUGAGUUCCAGCGUCAUCUUGUUCCAGAAAUACCUCCUGGAUCCUAACCGUUUCCCUUACCCGAUUGUCCUCACGACAUGGCAUCUGUCCUUUGCAACCCUGAUGACACAAAUUCUUGCCCGCACUACCACCCUGCUCGAUGGUCGCAAAAAUGUCAAAAUGACUGGCCGCGUAUAUCUCCGUGCUAUCGUCCCAAUUGGUCUGUUCUUCAGUUUGAGCUUGAUCUGUGGCAAUGUGGCCUAUCUAUAUCUAAGUGUUGCCUUCAUCCAGAUGCUCAAGGCUACUACUCCCGUCGCCGUCCUUUUCGCUACUUGGGGUAUGGGAAUGGCUCCCGUCAACUACAAGGUCCUGUUGAACGUCAUCGUCAUCGUCAUCGGUGUUAUCAUUGCCUCGUUCGGCGAGAUCAAGUUUGUCCUCAUCGGUGUUAUCUACCAGGUCGCCGGCCUUACUUUCGAGGCCACCCGCCUGGUCAUGGUGCAGCGUCUGCUCAGCUCCGCCGAGUACAAGAUGGACCCCCUUGUUUCACUCUACUACUAUGCUCCGGUUUGCGCGGUCAUGAACGCUAUUCCUGCUCUUUUCCUCGAGGUCCCGAAAGUCACCAUGGACCAGGUCUAUGGCGUGGGUAUCUGGACGCUGAUCGCUAAUGCUGGUGUUGCCUUCCUCCUGAACGUCUCCGUUGUCUUCCUGAUUGGCAAGACUUCAUCCUUGGUCAUGACCCUGUGCGGUGUCUUGAAGGAUAUCCUUCUGAUCGUUGCGUCGAUGGUUAUCUGGGGCACCCAGGUCACCAAGCUCCAGUUCUUCGGUUACUCCCUCGCUCUUAUGGGUCUUGUCUACUACAAGCUCGGCGGUGAGAAGAUUAAAGAGUAUACUGGUCAGGCCAGCCGUUCAUGGGCUGAAUAUGGCGCCAACCGUCCGGUCCAGCGUAAGCUUGUCGUUAUCGGUGGCUUUGUCCUAGUGUGUUUCUUGUUCAUGGGCUCCGUGACCCCUGGGUAUACCCCAGAAGCUGUCAAGAGCGUCCUUGGGGGCGCUACCCCUGGCACUCGCUAAACGUAGCUGCAGGGUUCAUCCUGGUGCCCUUCUCCCGGUUGAUCUACGGAAUGACUGAAGACGGGUCGCUAUCUCAUUCUCCCCCUUCUAUCUAGCACACGUCCCGUCAGGAUUCGGACGUGCCCUGUCUACUUUCUCUGCUAGCCUUCUAUCUUCUUUUAUUUUCUUUCUUUAUUCCCAUCUUCUUUCAGGCAGUUUGUGCCUUCUCAUAAUGAUGAUCCGCAAAGAUGUUUCUUACGGGGGUUGUUUGCUUUCAAUUCUUUUAACGGCCUGGAACGUUCACCUAGCGCGGAAAGUGUCUGUUCCGCUGUAGGCUACAAGGACUGCGGGUCGGUUAUUUUCCCUGCCGAGUCCGGACUUGCAUUUGCUCUUUUGAUUCGUACUGCGGCAUGGUGUUACCUAUCAAGUCAUCCAUUUAUGAACAGUUCCUUUUGAGUGUGAUAUAUUAGACUGGAGUGGGUAUCGGAUCAAGGUGUCUGUUGUACUUUCCGUUUCUUGCGUUUCUUGAAGCCAAAAUAGAAUUUAUUUAUAUGUAUUUACUCCCCUGGCAAGUUGUUCUAUUCUACUUUCUGUGUAUGAACGAUGAUGCCUGAUCUUCUGCCGACACUGGUUAUCCCUGAAAAUCUCCCGUCAUGGUGAUGCCUCUGCGCCGUGCUCGCAGCGCUAGGCGCGCAGACAUGUCACGCAGCAACCUUCUGGCGGAGCCGCGUUACGGCCAAUCAGACAAGUCAAAAUCGAGGCUAACCAAACGGAGGCCACCAAUCCCAGAAACCAGAAUGUCGAUGCAGCGGGUCCGAUUUCCACCACAACAAUCCAAUGAGGAUAGAUUAAUAAGAUGGGUAGACCCACAUCGUUGUGCGGCCGAAACAUUGGACCAAUAAAGGAGUUAGCAUUGCGAGCUUGUUACGGACUCCACAAGGUGAUCCUCUCUGGUUGGAUAAGCCCGUCGAUGGUACUGUAACUUACAGUAAGGCGUUCCGGGGCAGGUACUUUGGGGCGUG